UUAUUCUCACUAUCAUCUUCAUCUCUCAAAUAUUAAUUAAUUACUGUAUUAAAAAAAAACAGAGAGAGCUCUCUUCUUCCUUUAAAAAAAAAAAAAAAAAUCUCCGAUUCCGAAAUAUUCAUGGCGUCGUCGGAGGGAUUAGCGAGCGUAGAGCCGUGGUCAUUCCGUCAAAGCUUCAACAUAGAUUCAUGGCUAAUCUCUGAUUCCUUCUCUCACGAUAGCGAUAUAAUCGCUAAAGCUCUUCACAGAUCCAUCUCUACUUCAACCGACUCACCUCUUUCUCCUUCUUCUUUCUUCGAUUCCUCAAACGCCGUGGUAGUCUCCGAUCUUUCUCCUCCUCAGACUCUCUCCAACGUCUCCUUCGGUUCAGAUCCGGAACUUCCCGGCGGUGGUGCUGGUGGUGUUGGAGGAGGGAAACGGAAACGUGGUCCUGGAGUUUCCGGUGGUAAACAGACGAAACGCCGAGCUCGAGUUUCGUCUAAGAAAUCUCAGACUACUUUUAUAACGGCGGACGCGGCUAAUUUCCGGCAGAUGGUUCAGCAAGUCACCGGAGCUAAGUUCAUCGGUGGUUGUUCUCCUAACGGCAUUUUCGCUCCGCUUGUGAAGCCCGAGCCGCAUAGGCUCUCUAGUAGACUACCACCGUCGUGCGGGAGCUUUGAUCGUUCUUCUUCGGCUGUUCCUACGCUUGAUACGUCGUCGUUUUUGUCUAACCAUCAACAAGAGAACAUCGCCACUGAUUUGGGCUCUGUUUCAGCUCAGAUCGGUUCGUUUCAUCAUCAGUCAAGUGCCGCGACGACGACGGCGACACCGGGGAACGUCGGUGGUGGCUCCGCCGUGGAAUUAGAUAGUUACCCGAGCUUUCCAACUCUUGAAUCAUGGACAGUUAUGUAAUUUUUAGUUUACUGUUUUUUUUUGUAGAUGUAAUCCUUUUUUACUUAAUUAGAUCCUUUUUUUACUUUCUUGUAUUUCUCUAUGAAUGAUCUUUGUUUUUUCAUCCUUAGCUUUUUGUGGCUAUGGGAGUCUCUUUGUUCAUACUUUUGGAGGAAUCAUAUGGUUUAAUCAAAAAAACUCUGUUUUAAUUUUCA